AUGGCCCAUGGCCCAUGGGCUCACAUUGCUAGGGACUGCUUGAAUGGACUGUUUAAUGGAAGCCCCGAGAAUGGUCAGCAUUCUUGGGCCAUGCUUGAUGUUCCCAUUCCAGCAAGCCAAACCGCUGCUGCUCAAGCUAUACAAGUACAAGAUCAAAUGGCCCACUUGGUCCAAAGUCCGAAACAUCAUCUACGAAUCGCGAUGAACCCAAUGACAACAGAACGAAGGCAUGAAGUCCCUAGCAAUGUGAGCCCAUAUGGAUUACCUUCUGUUUAUGCGAUCCGCCAGCCAUUCCGAAUGAACAAACCAACGAAGAUUAUGUCGAUUAUUCUCGCACCCUCGACUAAAAUGCAAAGGUCGACAGGAGCAACUGAGAACCAUUUGGACUCUCAACACCACACCACCAGUUUCUCCCUUGAAGCCAAAAGUCCUCCUUGGACUCUUCAACACUGGUCCUGCGGUUGUGCCCGAGAGAGAAGGAUGCAACGGUCCACUGUCACAAAUGGCUCCCGUCCAAGUUCCAACAUGGUUCAAUUGAACGGUCAAGCAUCAGAGGAUUCCAUUGCAUUGCAAUGCAAGAGGCAUCGGUCGUUGUAUUUCAGUUUCAGCACUAAGAAGUGGGGUACACGCUGCAUUGUAACGUCCCUCCUCACGUGUCGACGUCAUACGCAUGACAUACCGGUACUAGCACCGCCAAAAACGAUACCAGCCAGCGUACGCAGUGCAGUGCAGUACUGGAGGCAACUUCCUUUAAACAUGGCGGUAAUCCCAUUUCUCAGACAAUGGCAAGUGGGAUGGGUGCAUACUGUAAAGUCCCUCACAUGA